UCGGGUUUGCAUUAGAGUCUUGCGACGUUGCCUUCCCGGGGAGUCUCACUGUGUGGGCACUACUGCCAGCAUCCCGACCACGCGUUCUCGCACACUCGUGCCUUUCCUUUGAGACGGCGGACGCCGGACGAUUGGGGGGCAACUUGCUGUUUCCUUUUUUAUUGAAAUUAUUUUACCUGCCUAUUGUUGGGGUUUUUUUUCGUUUUGUUUUGUUUACGAUUUUUGUUUGAGAAAAACCCACUGAAAGCAUCUGCGUGACAUUCCGGGGUUCCGAAGCGGAGACCACCAAGGCAGGCGCUCGGGCUGGUGCACCGCAAAGGACAAAAGGAGUCUAGUGUUACUUCAAGCAUCUGAUUUCCUCCCGGUUCCCACCAUGAAGAAAGCCGAAAUGGGAAGGUUCAGUAUUUCCCCGGAUGAGGACAGCAGCAGUUACAGUUCCAACAGCGAUUUCAACAACUACUAUCCCACCAAGCAAGCUGCUCUGAAAAGCCAUUAUGCAGAUGUAGAUCCUGAAAACCAGAACUUUUUACUUGAAUCAAAUUUGGGGAAAAAGAAGUAUGAAACAGACUUUCAUCCAGGUACUACUUCCUUUGGAAUGUCAGUAUUUAAUCUGAGCAAUGCGAUUGUGGGCAGUGGAAUCCUUGGGCUUUCUUAUGCCAUGGCUAAUACUGGAAUUGCUCUUUUUAUAAUUCUCUUGACAUUUGUGUCAAUAUUUUCCCUGUAUUCUGUUCAUCUCCUUUUAAAGACUGCCAAUGAAGGAGGGUCUUUAUUGUAUGAACAGUUGGGGCAUAAGGCAUUUGGACUGGUUGGAAAGCUUGCAGCCUCUGGCUCGAUUACAAUGCAGAACAUUGGAGCUAUGUCAAGCUACCUCUUCAUAGUGAAAUAUGAGUUACCUUUGGUGAUCAAGGCAUUAAUGAACAUUGAAGAUGCAACUGGAUUGUGGUAUUUGAAUGGUGACUAUUUGGUUCUGCUGGUAUCGUUGGUGCUCAUCCUUCCUUUGUCGUUGCUGAGAAAUUUAGGAUAUUUGGGAUAUACCAGUGGCCUUUCCUUGUUGUGUAUGGUGUUCUUUCUGAUUGUGGUGAUUUGCAAGAAAUUUGAGAUUUCUUGUCCUUCAGAGGAUGCAUGGAUAAUUAGUGAGACGAUAAUAAACAGCACCAUCACACCCCCAACUCUUGUACCUGAUGCGGCGCUUAAUGCAACUAAUGGUUCUUGCAAACCACAUUAUUUUAUCUUCAACUCACAGACAGUGUAUGCUGUGCCAAUUCUGACUUUCUCAUUUGUCUGUCAUCCUGCUAUUCUUCCCAUUUAUGAAGAGCUGAAAGACCGUAGCCGUAAAAGAAUGAUGAAUGUAUCCAAGCUCUCAUUUUUUGCUAUGUUCCUCAUGUACCUGCUUGCUGCCCUCUUUGGAUACUUGACAUUUUAUGAACACGUCGAGUCAGAACUGCUUCACACGUACUCUACAGUCCUGGGGACAGAUAUCCUCCUUCUUGUCGUCCGCCUGGCUGUGUUAGUGGCCGUCACCCUGACGGUACCAGUCGUUAUUUUCCCAAUCCGGGGUUCCCUCACUCAAUUGUUGUGUCCAACAAAAGAUUUCAGUUGGUUGCGUCACAGUGUUAUCACAGUGUCCAUCCUGGCAUUCACCAAUCUGCUCGUCAUCUUUGUCCCAACUAUUAGAGAUAUCUUUGGUUUCAUUGGUGCAUCUGCAGCUGCUAUGUUGAUUUUUAUUCUUCCAUCUGCCUUCUAUAUAAAGUUAGUUAAGAAAGAAUCUAUGAAAUCUGUACAAAAGAUUGGGGCCGCGCUCUUCCUGUUAAGUGGCAUAGUGGUGAUGAUCGGGAGCAUGGCCUUGAUCAUUCUGGAUUGGGUGCACAAUGCCCACGGCGGUGGCCAUUAACCAGCACCACUUCAGCUUCAGGAGUCCAUUUGAUGCCAGUGUUGAGUCAACUCAACUACUAUGAAAUUUCACCUAAUGUUCUCAGUUUCACUUCCUUUUGAAGUGCAGAUUCCUCGCUGGUUCUUCUGAGUGCAGAAUAAGUGAACUUUUUUUUUUCUUUUUUUAAAGAAAAUAUUCUGUAUGAUAGAAAUGGACAUUAACAACAAAACCACGAGUCUCGGGUUAACGGAAGUGACAAUUUUAUUCCAUUCCAGAGAAUGGACGAACUCUUUUAUCAAGCCACAUGUUUGGCUGUGUCAUUGUUUAACUUGGAUAUUUUAUGGUUUUACUUGAAUGUGCCUAAUGGAACCAUUUGAUGUGAGAAACAAUUCCUAAUUUGCAGCAAAGUAUUGAAAUAACCAUUGAGAAAAACACUAUUAUUUUUUGUACCAAAAAUAUUUAAAGACCUCAGAAGCACUAUUUUACUUUUAAAAAAUGCUUUUUUUGAACAUUGUCCAAAAACAGUUGUCAAUAAAUUGCGUAAAAUUUUUUUCAUUGGUGUUUAAAGAUAUUAGUAUUAUGAAAUGAAUUGCCUUUUUGUAGGCAUAAUAAGCCAAAUAUUUUUUUUACCCAAAAUUGUUUUUAGACAAAAUGAUGUAAUGAAAAACUGUACCAUGAAUAGGAGCAUAGUUUUUCCAUUCAAACUUCACUGUUCAAGGGUAAUAGAUUGCUUAUUGUUAAUACCAAAUCAGAUGAACUGUGUUCAUCGUUUUCCUUUGUUCCCAAAUAUUUAGUUCAUUCAGACAAAUAUUUAUGGCUUCAAUCUAUUAGAAUGGAAGAUAAUGCAGAUAUUUCUGUGGGAAUUAAAAUAACUAAUUUUGAGGUACCAAAUAGUGCAAUUGGGUAAGACAGGGUUUAUUCAGUUGCAUCUGUCUCUGGAGCUGGAUUGACAGCUCUGGGUUUUUGGGGCCAGCCCUCUGUUUGACUUUGCUUCCAGCAGUGGAAAAUGGGCAUUUGAUGGCUAUAGGCCAAAACUAUUCUAUCCAGAGUACAACUUUUCAAAAAUGCUCACCUACUACUGGAAGUAUGAAUUACUUGAUAAAAUACAUGGCUUAGUCGUGUUCGUGUUUUGUCUACAGUGGAGGUCUAAUCCACAGGCUACACCGACAUUUGGUAUAAGUUCUCUUCAUACAGGCCACUGGGUUUCUCAUGCAGUAAGCUUUUUGCAAAACUUACUUGCACUGGAUUGUCAUCUCAUUCUGGUACAACAUAGAAUUAUUUGUUUACAUCCAACAAAUGGUUAGCUAGGGAAAACAGUGCAACCUGAGUGUAAGUAGUCGGUCCAACUGCAUGAUCACCCUUCCAUGUAAAUUCCAGUUAGAACUGAAAAAAUUACUUGGCUUUUAAGAGCACAUCUAUUGUAUGUUACGGUGUAUGGUGAAUAUAUUAUUAAAUAAUGUGGUACUUUGCUUAUCAGGCAUAAUGUCUACAAUCUAAUAUACAUAAUUCCAUUAGUGGUUGAGGGAAGCAAGUAAUGGAAUCAUCGAUUGGUCAUCUGGCUGUUAAGGUUUUCUCUUGAACUAAACAUUUUUAGUUCUGGGCAAGGGCCAGAAAUGUGGCAGACAUGGUUUUUGUGACACAUCCUUGUAUUAUAUGUGACUAGAUUAUAGACCAGUUAUGUCUGUACUUAAAGACCCUUGUGGAACUGGAAGACGCCUUGUAGUGCUACAUUGGGUGAAACCAAUGGUCCAUUUUUGUUUGUUUUUAUACAAAUAAAGGAAUCGGGGACCAUCUAGAAAGGCAGUGAGAAGGCGUAUUCUACAGCACUGCUUUCAUUUAAUUGGGCUUUUGGUAUUCCCUCCGAAUCCAAACCUCACCUCUAGUUCAGACCAAGAACUGGCACUUCUGCUUGAGUUCCUAAAAGAAUUGCUGAUUUUGUCUCUUAAGACCCACCAGGGAUUAUCAAGUAGAGAGCCGUUUUUUCUCUAGUUUACCUCCUUUCUUAAUGGGAGGAGAUAACAUUGUGAACCAGGAAAGAAUCCUCACAGCCAAUGGGUAUGGGGAGGCUCAGUCAACCUUUGACUAUUAAAGGUUCAGAGUCAGCGGCCUGGGGUGAAUUCCAUUAUGUAAUGUUCCUGGAGGGAUCUUGUCUGUCUUGAGGCCCCUAAACAGUGGAUUCCCAUCAGUAAGCAGUCUGCGGUAUCGAAACCACUGUCCCGUCACCUCAUUUUGCAUUACUGUCUUCCAUGGGUGUUUCAGUUACAACUGUAAUGUUAUUUAUAGAACAGCAUUAAUCCAUUAAAGCUAACCUAUUUUUCAAUAUUUAUGAUAACCUGUGUACAUACAUUGUCCAUACGUGUUUGUAAAUAGGCUGUAUAUAAUUCCAUAGGUCAGGUUGGGUCUUGGGUUCAAGUGUAUAUAGUCCUGUAAGUUUCUCAACUGCAUUUUGAUGAGUUCACAUAUAUCUGAGAAUUGUCCCCAAAUUACCUGUACAGAAAUUUCAAUAUAAACAAGUUGAUAAAUUGUGUAAACACUACAAAUUUUAAAUAUUGUUUAAAUUAUACUUGCAAUAAACUGGCUGUCCAUUACAUUUUUUUUUUCAUGAAAACUUGGUGCAAGUUCAGAUCUCUUAUUUAAAUUUUAAAUAAAGUCUAAAUUUUCAAAAUGCAGUAGUUAUCAAAAUGUGAUUUAGUGUAAUUACAAAAAGACUUUUGAAAACCUGGGUAUGUUCAUCUUAUGUAUAUAGUGUAAAAAUCCCUCUUGCACUGUUAGAGGCCAACAACUCCAGUAUGACUUGUUGGCAGGGAGUGCUACACCGUUUCAAUGAAACAAUGUAUGUUUUAACUGAACUAAAAUAAAUACGUGCUUAAUCUUGAA